AUGACCCGACAAGCAAUGCGCCCAGCGCGCCAGCAAGGCCGCGCCUUCUAUCUGACAGCCUUCAUCAUCACCCUCCUCGCUUUUUAUAGCUUCGUUCGAGACUUCAGUCACGGUCCUUCUGCGCAGAGGCUGGCUGUGCGAAGCCUCGAAGCACGCGACCUCGAGUGUCGGCUCGUCCAUCAUGCAGAGGACAAGUGCGCCUUUAUCACACAGAACUGCCCCGACGAAGAAGCUGGCCUGAUCUCCUACCUCCGUCUCUACUACUGCAGCCUGUCCAACGCUCAACCCCUCGCCUUCCUCAUCCUGGUAGUAUGGGUCAGUCUCCUCUUCAGCACCAUCGGCAUCGCCGCCUCCGACUUUCUCUGCAUCAAUCUGAGCACGAUUGCGAACAUUCUGGGCAUGAGCGAGAGCUUAACAGGCGUCACAUUCUUGGCUUUUGGCAAUGGGAGUCCCGAUGUCUUUUCCACAUUUGCAGCCAUGCGCAGCAACAGUGGUAGUCUGGCGGUGGGGGAAUUGGUGGGCGCUGCCAGCUUCAUCUCCGCCGUCGUUGCGGGGAGUAUGGCGUUGGUCGCACCCUUCCAGGUCGCCAGGAGGAGCUUCAUCCGGGAUGUUGGAUUUUUCGCCGUGGCCGCAAGCUUUAGCCUGGUAUUCCUGGCGGACGGCAGUUUGCGGCUCUGGGAGUGUAUCACCAUGGUCGUCUACUACAUUUUCUACGUCAUCUUUGUGGUGGUUUGGCAUUGGUGGCUGACCCGGCGGCGGAAGAGAAGGCUUGCGGAGACUGCAGCUAGGCUGCAUCACCAUAUUCCAGACACGCAGGAAUUAGAGGCCCCUCCCAUUGACGAGGACGAUGAAUCGCGCCCUGCCAGCGAGCGGACAGGCCUCCUUCGUGGCCAGUCAAACGAUACUCUCCCGACCAUACGAACCCCGGGGACGCCCGCAUGGAAGAUUCAUGACUACGACGAGGACGAUGAAGCGCGAGAUCGAUACUUGGCUGAGCUACAGAGUAAAAUGAGAGUCAGUCGGCCGACUCGAGGCGAACGAAGGAAUACAAUGACCCCGAUUCGACCCAGUUUGAUAGGAGCGUUGGAGUUCAGAUCCCUUAUGACCUCUUUGGAAAGAAAAGCGACGAAUGCGCAGCCUAUUGGUCUUCGGAGAUACUCCGACGACGCAUCGUCCACCCAAACUCCCAUUCCGGCCACUGCGCCUCCUGGUGCCUCCCAGCCAGAGCUCAUCAGUUCUCAGUAUUUGGAUGUUGAAGGCGAAAGUCCCCGCCGCGCACGAGCAGUAUCGGCCAACGAUGCCGCUCACCUACGCCUCGAUACGGAUUUUCUGAGCGACAGAUUUUCAGGGCGAAGCUCCGAGAACGCCCUCGCCAGCGAAGAGUCGUCACCACACCCGACCGCCACACACACCCGGCCGAGUGCCAAUAUUUUGAAAACGCUCAAUGACCCAUCAAAUCAGAGGCCACCGUCUCCAAAGCGCAUUCGUUCUCCCUCAGGCUCGCAGCCGGAGACCGGGUCGCUGCAUUCCAAUGCCGUCAACUCCAGAUCUGCCAAUCUCCUGGCACCACCAGCGACGACCUUCCGCCGCCCAGACUACAACGAUGAGCAUAGGUCUGACUCUCGAAGCGGCAAGUCAUCACCUCGGGGUGGCUCGACCCUGCAAGUUCCGAUUCUGCACACACCGCAUCCCGACCACUCGAAGGGAGCGCUGAGACUCGAAGAUUUUCCCCCUUACGUGGAUUCUCCGAUGCUUCUCACCCCCGUUGGCUCUCGGCCGCCUAGCAUCAGCCUUCCCGCGCCUAGUAUGUCACCAGAGUCUACUGCGCAUCUUGGGCUUCUCCCGGAUGAAGAGGACGAGCCUCUGCGGAGGUUCGCGUGGUGGCCCUACCAAUAUCUUCCAGCCCCUCAGGUCAUUUAUUCGACACUAUUCCCGACUCUUUAUGGCUGGCGUGAGAAGUCACACAUUGACAGAAUGCUGGGCUUGGUUACUGCUCCCAGCGUGUUUCUGCUCACUAUCACACUUCCUGUUGUCGAACCAAAGGAAGAUAAAGUGCCGGAUCCCGAUCCAGCGCUUCUGUCACCCGGGAGCGCGCCUCGUAGCAGAUCAGACAGCCACGUCGCUGCCACUCCGGGAUCGCUUCCCAAGCUCGGCUCUUCUGAUGGUCCGCCUCACCCACAUGGCACGGGAAUAUCGAGACAGAUGUCAGACUAUGUCAAGAGCCCCAUUCAUGGCGUUGAUGAAGUCAGUGGGCCAAAAGAUUGGAACCGCUGGUUGGUGUUCCUGCAAGCAUUCACUGCACCUUUCUUUGUGGUGACCAUCGGCUGGGCGAACAUGGAUGACGACCUCAACGGCACACUGUAUGUGAAGAUGGUUCUGGGCUCACUGGUGUUCUCGCUGGUGUUGCUCCUCAUACUCUUGUCCUUGACAAGUCCUGAUCGAGAGCCCAAGUACCGGCCUUUGUUGUGCUUUUUGGGAUUUGCCGUGGCCAUAGGCUGGAUCUCUACAAUUGCCAAUGAAGUGGUCGGAGUGCUCAAGGCCUUUGGGGUCAUCUUGGGCAUGUCGGAUGCCAUCCUAGGAUUGACCAUUUUCGCCGUGGGCAACUCUUGCGGUGAUUUGGUUGCGGACAUUACUGUCGCAAAACUCGGUUACCCAGUCAUGGCAUUGUCAGCAUGCUUUGGCGGUCCGAUGCUGAACAUCCUGCUCGGGAUUGGCAUCGGCGGGCUGUAUAUGACUGUCAACAAGGCCACCCAGAAGCACGCAAAACAUCCCCACAAGCCGAUCAAGUACAAACCGUACGAGAUCGAAGUGAGCACGACCCUGAUGAUAUCGGGAGUGACCCUGCUCGUCACGUUGAUCGGGCUGUUGAUUGUUGUGCCGUUGAACGGGUGGAAGAUGGACCGCAAGAUAGGGUUUGGCUUGAUCCUAUUGUGGUCGGUGUCUACCAUUGGCAAUAUUAUUGUCGAAUUGCUUGGAUAUGGGGGCGACACGCUGAUCGCUGGAAUUUGA